UAAGGAGCUGUUCAGCUCCAGGCUGGCUGAAUCCCUAUCGCAGCUCCUGGAGGUGGAUUUCAGGACCUGCCUUAUGAGUGCCUUUUGGCGUUGAGGCGCAGUUGCUUUCUCUCUCUGUGUGUCUCUCUGGACCUGCUGCUGCUGCUUUCGAGAAGAUCUGGGUAAGGAGGGGCAGAGGUGUCUUUCGCAUUCUCCCUCUCCGGCGUCUUCCAAAAGGGUGCCUGGAUGCCGGAUGGAGUAAGGGAGCCAAGGCACAGCAGCCACUCUCUGAAAUUGGAGAUUACGCAGGCAGAGACGGCACGAGAAAAUGGAUCCUAUCCCCCAACUCUUCAGCGUUUUGACUUUGCUGCUGUUCAGCUUCUGGCAUCUUGGAUUAGCAGCUACCAACUAUAAUUGUGAGGAGCCACUGGUAUUCUCGUUACCUGCGACAUCCUUUGACAGCUCCUCUGAGCUCUCCAGCAGUCACAGCCCCAUCUUUGCAAAGCUCAUCAGACGGGAUGGAGCUGGUGGCUGGUCCCCAUUGGAUUCUAGCAGGGAACAAUGGCUCCAGAUCGAUUUAGGGGACAGAGUGGAAAUUACAGGUGUCGCUACUCAAGGAAGGUACGGAAGCUCAGACUGGACAACAAGCUACAUACUAAUGUUCAGUGACACAGGUCGCAAUUGGAAGCAGUACAGAGAAGAAGACAUCAUCUGGGUCUUCCAAGGGAACAGCAAUGCUGACAGUGUCAUGCAGCAUAAGUUUCUGCACUCAGUGAAAGCUCGUUUUGUGCGCUUCAUUCCUUUGAAAUGGAGUCAAAGUGGGAAUAUUGGCCUGCGGGUUGAAGUUUUUGGGUGUACAUACAAAUCGGAUAUUGCCGACUUUGAUGGGAGGAGCUCCCUCCUUUACAGGUUCAACCAAAAACUGAUGAGCACCUUCAAAGAUGUUGUUUCCCUGAAGUUCAAGAGCAUGCAGGGAGAUGGGGUCCUAUUUCAUGGAGAAGGGCAGCGUGGAGAUUAUAUUACACUGGAGCUGCAGAAAGGGAAGCUCUCUUUGCACAUCAACCUGGGAGAUGCCAAGCUGCGUUUCAGCAACAGUCACACGUCCGUCACCUUGGGCAGCCUCCUGGAUGACCAGCACUGGCACUCGGUCCUCAUCGAGAGAUUCAAUAAGCAGGUGAACUUCACGGUGGACAAGUAUAUGCAGCAUUUCCGAACCAAGGGAGAUUCGGAUGACUUGAACAUUGAUUAUGAGCUCAGUUUUGGAGGAAUCCCAGUCCCAGGCAAACCAGGAACUUUUCUGAAGAAAAAUUUUCAUGGCUGCAUUGAGAACCUUUAUUACAAUGGAGUCAAUAUCAUUGACCUGGCAAAAAGACGAAAGCCACAGAUCUACAUCGUGGGUAAUGUGACUUUUGCCUGCUCAGAACCACAAAUCACUCCCAUCACCUUUGACAGCUCCAACAACAGUUACUUGCUGUUACCAGGCACUCCCCAGCUUGAUGGCUUGUCAGUUAGCUUCCAGUUUCGGACGUGGAACAAGGAUGGUUUGCUGCUAUCCACGGAGCUGUCAGAAGAUUCCGGUUUACUCUUGUUAUACCUCCAGCAUGGAAGGAUGUCACUCAUCAUCCAGAAAGGAGCAGAGAAAUAUGUAGGCGUUAGUGCAGGCAGCAAUCUGUAUGAUGGUCUGUGGCAUGCAGUUAACAUCAAUGCUAGAAGACAUCGCAUCACCCUAACUCUCGAUAAUGAUGUAGCAUCUACAGUUCAUGCAACCACUGUUUCACAGAUUUAUUCAGGGCACAGCUACUAUUUUGGAGGGUGCCCUGACAAUUUUACCGAUUCAAAAUGUUUAAAUCCCAUUACGGCUUUUCAAGGCUGCAUGAGACUCAUCUUUAUUGAUAACCAGCCCAAGGACCUCAUUUUAGUUCAGCAAGGUUCCCUGGGGAAUUUUAGUGAUUUGCGCAUUGAUCUCUGUGGCAUCAAAGACAGGUGUCUACCAGACUACUGUGAACAUGGAGGAGAAUGCUCCCAAUCCUGGACAACAUUCCAUUGUGAUUGUGGUGAAACUGGCUACACAGGAACAACAUGUCAUAAUUCUAUUUAUGAGAAGUCAUGUGAAGCCUAUCGGCACCAAGGGAAAACAUCUGGUUUCUUCCACAUCGAUUCUGAUGCAAGUGGUCCACUUCCACCACUUUUAGUCUACUGCAAUAUAACUGAAGAUAAGAUCUGGACUGUAGUCCAGCACAACAAUACUGAGCUGACUCGAGUCCGCGGGGCAGAUCCAGAGAAACCAUAUGCCAUGAGCUUCAACUACAACAGCAGCAUGGAGCAGCUGGAGGCAAUGAUAAAUAGUGCCGAAUACUGUGAACAGGAGACAGCUUACUACUGCAAAAAGUCACGUCUGCUCAACACUCCAAAUGGAAUGCCAUUUGUUUGGUGGGUUGGUCGAGCCAAUGAGAAACAUCCUUACUGGGGAGGGUCUCCUCCUGGAGCCCAGCGCUGUGCAUGUGGACUGGAGGAAAGCUGCCUGGAUCUGAGAUACUUCUGUAACUGUGAUGCAGAUAAGGACGAAUGGACCAAUGAUACUGGCUUCCUUUCCUUCAAAGAACACUUGCCUGUGAACCAGAUUGUUGUCACCGACACAAAUAGACCUAAUUCUGAAGCUGUGUGGAGAAUUGGCCCUUUGCGUUGCUAUGGAGAUAGACAGUUCUGGAACGCAGCCUCUUUCAACACUGAGGCAUCCUACCUUCUGUUCCCCACCUUCCACGCAGAAUUCAGUGCAGACAUUUCCUUCUUCUUCAAGACGACAGCUGUGUCCGGGGUCUUCUUGGAAAAUCUUGGGAUGAAAGACUUUAUCCGAGUUGAAAUAAGCUCUCCUAAGGAGAUUACCUUCACAGUAGAUGUUGGAAAUGGUCCAGUAGAUGUCACCGUCCAGUCUCCUGCAGCCCUGAAUGACAACCAGUGGCAUUAUGUACAUGCUGAACGGAAUCUCAAGGAAACGUCUCUUCGGGUGGAUGACUUUCCAAAGAAGAUUCUGGAGGCCCCAGCUGAAGGACAUUUCCGAUUGCAGCUCAAUAGUCAGCUAUUUGUAGGAGCAACUGCUUCCAGACAGAAGGGCUUUGUGGGGUGUAUUCGUUCUCUUCACCUAAAUGGGCAGAAACUUGAUCUUGAAGAGAGGGCCAAAGUCACCCCUGGUGUGAAACCUGGAUGCCCUGGGCAUUGCAGCAGUUAUGGUAACCUUUGCCAAAAUGGAGGUAAAUGUGUGGAGAAGUUAAAUGGCUACCUGUGUGACUGCACCAGCUCUCCAUACGAAGGACCAUUCUGCAGAGAAGAGGUCUCUGCACUUUUUGAAGCUGGCACUUCCAUUACCUACAUUUUCCAGGAGCCUUAUCCUGUGACCAAAAAUGCAAGUACAACAUCCUCAGCCAUAUAUGCAGAUACUUCGACAUCGAAAGAAAACAUUGCCUUUACGUUCCUGACAACACAUGCUCCAAGCCUCCUGUUCUACAUCAAUGCUUCCUCUCAUGACUAUUUGGCUGUUAUUCUUUCCAAGAAUGGAAGCUUGCAAGUCCGAUACAGACUGAGUAAGGACAGAUCCCUUAUAUUCACUAUUGAUUCUGGAAACUUUGCUAACCGAGAGCUACACCAUGUGAAGCUAAAUAGAGAUGGAAGAGAGCUGACUAUUCAGAUUGACCAGGUUCUCAAAGUCAAGCACAACUUUUCCUCGGAGGCUGAUUUCAGAGCCAUCAAAUCUCUGACCUUGGGGAAAGUCACAGAUAGUCAGGGACUAGAUCCAGAAGUCUCCAAAGCAAACUCCUUUGGGUUCAUAGGAUGCAUGUCAUCUGUCCAGUACAACAACAUAGCUCCCCUGAAAGCUGCUUUACGGCAUCCCAGCAUAGCACCUGUGACAGUCAUUGGUUCCUUGUCCGAAUCAAACUGUAGAUCUUUGGUUGAAGUCGAUGUAAAUACAGCAACUACGAUAUACUCUUCAUCAGAUCCAUUUGGGAAGGCAGAUGAGAGAGAGCCACUCACCAAUGCAGUCAGGAGUGAUUCAGCUGUCAUUGGAGGUGUUAUAGCAGUUGUGAUCUUCAUCAUCUUUUGCAUUGUGGCUAUUAUGAGCAGAUUCCUUUACCAGCACAAACAGACACAUCGGAGCAGCCAGACAAAGGAAAAGGAAUAUCCAGAGCACCUUGACAGUUCUUUUAAGACUGAUGUUGACUUGCAGAACACAGUGAGCGAGUGCAAACGAGAAUAUUUCAUCUGACAGACUCUCCAGCUCCAUGUUACACUUUGGCAUUUCUUUGAUUAUGAUGGUUAUUAAUAUUAUUAUUAUUUUCUUACCCAUCCAUUUCUUUUGAAUUUCCCCACCCUUUUGGAAAGAACCCACUUUGCACAGAGGAGAUUGGCAGCAAUGGCAGUGCCUCACUCUCUUUGUGAAACCCACCACAGUUAACGCCUAACAGUUCAAGCAACUAUACAUUCUACCUAAGUUCCACAUAACAUGCAUGGUUGACUGUUUGUUUCCUGGAUUUCUGAAAUGUUGUUUUCUGGACCCAUUUAACUUGCCAUUUCAUGUCGGACCUGAGCGAUAUAUACUAGAGGUAAAGUGUACAAGCUAACUAUGUAGCAUCAUGGCUAUUGCAACAAGGUAGUGGGAAAGACUAAGACCAAAUUAUCUCAUAUCUUUAAUUGUGUGUUUAAAAGGGGACAAAUCCUCCUGUCUUUGGCAAAUUGGCAUAAUAAUUCUGUUUCAUGUUGGUGGUGCUGUGUUGAUUUUGCAAGCUGAGGAUCUGGAAUGAUUUUGCCCCUCCUCCAUAUCUUUUAACCCUACCUUUGCAUCCCUGUUAUUAUUUUAUUGUAACUUUUUGACUUCAAUAUUCUCAUUUUUAAGGUACCAACCUUGAUUAAACAACAGCAAUGAACAAUUGCAAAAAUGAUUCCUGGGCCAAGUAUUAUGCCCAGUGAAUUUUGUCACUGUCAGGGGGAAGAGUGAAAAUGGCCUCUGCAGAUUUUUGCCAUCUUUGGGCAGUAGAAAAAAACUAAUAUUUGUAGUUGUGGAGUGUCUUACCAUGAUAGUGACUAGAUGCCAGAGGGUUCCAGACUUUCUUUUUUACAGAAAUAAUCUAUAAAACUGCCUCAAGGCAGUUGGCCAUUUUCUCUCCCUCCCCCUAAUUUCCCCCCUCCCUCAUAGUACUAGGACCUGGGGUCAACCAAUGAAGCUGAAUGGUGGGAGAUUCAGGACAUACAAUAAGUAGUACUAUUUUAUCUGUACAUAGUUAAACUAUGGAAGUGACAAACGUAAGUUGUAGUGAUGGCUGCCCACUUGGCUGGCUUUAAAAGUGGGUUAGACAUAUUCAUAGAGCAUCAUGCUAUCAAUGGGGCAUCAUGCUCUGAAUACCAGUUGUUGGGGAUGGCAAGCUAGAGAAGACUAUUGCGUUUAUAACUAGCUCAUGGGCUUCCCACGGGCAUCUGGUUGGCCACUAUGGGAGACAAGAUGCUGAAUUAUAUAUUCCUUUGUUCUGAUCCAACAGGGCUCUUCAUAUGCACUUUAUGACAUAGUUAUACUUAAUGUACUUUUUUGUUUGCAAUGAGGAGUGCCAGGCUGCUGCUUAUUGCAGAUACCUUUCCACUUGAAGUGGUGGCAAAACUUUCAUAGAAGACGGAAACCCUCUAAAUCCUUGUUUCUAUCAUAGCAGCCCCCCUCACCCCUGAAAAACAUUACAAUUACAUUUUAUUUUUUUGGCACAACUUACUCCAAAGCUUAUGCUUCAACUGCAACUUCCAUCACAUAGGGUUGGCUAAAAUCAGUACCUUCUAUGCGAAUAUAAUACUAGGUGAAGCAUGAAAACGAGCAGUUUUUAGGUUUCAGUGGUUUAGGUGCCUGCUACAUGUUAGGGCGCCCCAUAAACCCUGACUGGAACAAAAAUCUUAGUGAUGCUGUUUAGAAUUGAUACUUAGUCAUAGUCUAGUGUCAAAGCAUUAAAAGUAGUGGGAUCAACCAUUACUUUGUAUCUAUUCAAUUAAAGCCAAUUCUGUAUGAAAUUAGGCAAAUGACUGGGCUUGAAACAAAAAAGUAGAUGAUGCAGGAAACUGGUGCUGCAUUUUUUCCUACUAAUUAAUCUAGAAUUUCAGGUUGGCAUAUUAAGACUGUUCCUUUCUACCACAGGAAAAACUGUAGGGCUGUGUCGUUUUGCUCCCAAUUCACUCUUACAUCCACUGACAUCUCAAGAAUGACAACCAAGAAACAGUGAUAGGAUAGAAACAAUCAUUAAUGAGAUUUCCAAUAGAGAGCAGGCAGGCAUUUUGUAUUCCACCUGAAGGUUUUGGGAAAGUUUGGGUUUUAUCUGGGGUAAGUGAUAUAUAUUAUAGCCCAGGAGGAUCUGCAGUAUCCUGUGAUAUAGUAAAUCUCUGAAGGUGGGUUUGCUCAUUGGGUCUGCUCUAAUGAGAACCAAGCUACACAGUCCAAGUUUGACCAAAUUACUCUACACAGGAUGGGCAAGAAAGACUCUAAUUUGAUGUUUUAAUUUGAUUGAUAAUUUCUCUCCCUCCCUGCUGUCAUCUUCAGCAGCACUGUACCCCUCCCUGAACAACAGAACUGAAUUUCAGCUCUUUAUUCCAUUAAUGUCUCCUUAUAGCGAUGAUUGUGGUGUUGUUACUGCAUGCAUUUCCCUUUCUGUUCUGCUGUCAUUCUUUAGGUACCGGUAAUCAGAUCUUUCAAAUCAGGCAGGUUCCCUCACAUUAUGUGCUUCAGUUCCCCAUUAUUCCUCCUAUGGUUUAAUCAGCAAAGAUUGUUCUUCCCAAAAGUGAAACAUAGAACCCACUGACUUAGGACUCUUAUCACACCCUAGGUCAAUGGUCAUAUGAAAUUUCCAAUAAUUUGUUGCAGAUGGCAGUGAUCAAAUAGGGCUUCUAAGUAUGCCUUACUUAUACUGAGAGGUGGAAUUCACAAUAGAUGCACUGAACUCAUAGAUUCAUGCUAGGAGGAGAACUGAAAGGCAGUUUGGGCAUGAUGCUCAGAGUUCUGAAAAAUCACCCUUUUGUCCUUGACCAUAAGUAGAAAGGAAGUUUUCUGGCCUUAAUCCUGCUGAAUGAUCUGUGCACCAACCACUCAACUUUACAAAGCACAUUCAAUUGAACCUAAUGAUUAGCUCCUUACAAGCAGCAACCUUUAUCCUUUUUGUUUCUCUGAUCUUUGAUUAUUAGAAGUUUCUUUAGCAUGACAAGAGUGGUUCUGAUGACACUCAACAGAGGCACUUAUGCCUUUUUAAAGUGUCCCUCUUGCCAGUGAGAUUUUCCAUCAACAGUUUCCUCCCCCUCCCAAAUAAAAUUUCUCUGUAUUGCAUUCUGAGUAAUUUUUUGAAGGCAAGGAGAGGGAGAGCGACCCAAACAAAUCCAGGAAUUAAUGAGUCCUUUUCUCUGUCUAAGGACUCCACAUUUUUCCUCAUUAUUUUGGCUGUUCUUUGGCCGAGUCAUCUUAUUUUAUAUGAUUUUGCUAACAGGGAGCCAUUCAUUCGUAACCUGUUUAAUUGCAUUCUGAAAAGGGGAAAGGCAAGGCAGUGGAAUUCACAUUUUUAUUUCAAUAACUUUGCUCCCUAUAAAUUAUUGUGCCAUAUUUUCCCGUUACUCAACACAGCUGUUAUAAAUCACCACUUUGCUCUACUACAUAUUCUUUUCUUCAUCUCGAUAUAAAAGUCAGCCUAAAGUGUAGCAAAUUUAGCCCCAAGCAGAUACACUAAUGGGAUGAAAAGAGAGGGUUUGGGGAAUAAAGCAGAGCUGAAUCAUUAUGCAGGGUAUGGGCUGCUUUUCACUAUAUAGGAAAUCAGGGGUCUCGUUCUUGCCAAAAAUAUUAAGCUUUAUCAGUUAAAAACAAAAACUUGAGGGAAAGAAAGAAAGGGGGGUGAAGUGUCAUUACAAAGCAUGUAAAGGUUUUUUUAUAUAAAAAAAGACAAGGGAACAAUUUUUGCUGGAACUGCAGCACAUGAGGAGGGGAGCUUUAACCCCUUCCAUCCCCAACCAUGAUAGCAGUGAAAACUGUCCCCACUCUCCUGUUAGCCUUAGGAAAACAGCACCCACUGGUGCCCUAGUUAUGAACAGCUACCAUGGUUAGAGCACACAUUCCCACACAAUAGCAAAGGACGCAUCCCCCAGUGUCAAUAGGACUGUUGACAUCCACACCAGAUAUGUGAAUGGAAGGCUGCUUCAAGUAUGCUGAUCUCCAUUGCUGGAUUGAGACAUGAGUACAUGAAUACUACUUUUUUCUGUCCAUUUCAGUCACAGAGUUUGCGGUUUCUAAUUGACAAAUUUGGAAGUUUUUUGUUUGCUUGCUUUGUGAAUGGGUGGAAACAUAUUGCCAUCCCAUUCUAUGUAUACUUGACUUGGGGAGCAAUUCCAUCUUCCCUCCAAGUCUGACUGGACUCUUGAAGCUCCAGGGCUGCUACUACAUCCACAGUUUUGCCACACCAGCUGUCAGGGUGGAAGUGGGGUGGGGGCAGCCUAAGGACAGCAGCUGGACCACCUUGAGAUCCAAUGGAUCCUGGGCCUGCACAGCCCUGCCCCUUUUCCGGCCCCUGAAAACACAAUUUCAAGGCUUUCCACUGGCUUCUACCAGCAGGGAUUCCACCAGUGGUGCUUCCAUCCCCCUGGACAUUCAGUGAAAAGAAUGGGAUGCUCAGUACCAUCAAAGAGACACUAGUGUCACUCCUCAGGCAGCAGCUGAUAGAUCAACAGGGCUGAUGGAGGGACACUUCUACCCAGUUAAGCCACCCACCCCCAGUCAGGUGCAAAACAGGGUUGGAUUGUUCUGCCUGAAGAUUAAAGAAACCUUGAAAUUACCAAGAGUUCCAGAACAAAUGAACAACUUGGGCUCAAAUUACUAGGAAGUAAGCCCUAUUGAACAGAGUGUCUUCCUUCCAAAUAAGCAUUCAAGCAGUCUGUUAAAUCAGCUUUUAGGGUCCUUAACUGCCUAUUUGACUGCAUUUCCUUUACAAACAGAACUGAAUCCUGGCUUCUAAGGGAACAAGAUUAUACGCACAUAUAUUUAAAUUUGAUGGGCUUUCCCCCUCAUACCUGCUUAUCUUAAUUUUCUCACUAUAAAAUUGUGUUUUUUGUGUUGUUAAUUGUAGGUUUUCUUGUAUAGGAAAGCAGCUUACAGCCCAAUACACAACUCAGUUAAGCAGAAGCACUUGGAUUCAAGUUUAAUUAGCCCUAUUGAAAUCAAUAGAAUUAAAUCAGUAUAAAUCUUAGUAACCCUGGUUUCACUUAGCUGGGCUAUAGAUCAGUUGCCCAUUUCACUGAAGGGUGGUAUACCUCCUGUUUGUUCAUUGGUAUCACUAGACAGACAAAUGAUCCUAAUGUUACUAGAGACAGCUUGAAAUCUGCUUCCACCUUGUGCCUGCAGGAUUGCUAGUUCAUAUGUUUGACACGAAAGAGACUUGUGCCCUCAUUCAUAUGUGAAGCAAAUCAACAUUUACAUCAGGAAUGGGGAUAUUAAAGAAUUUUAGUUUAGUUGAACAAUUUUAGCACGUUUAACUGUAUGGCAGGAAUGAAGAACCUGUGACUCUCCAGAUUAUGUUCUCAUCUUGCCUCACUAGUCUCAUCUCUGCUGUUAAAAGAUACCUGGGCCACAACCCCUUUACGUAUUUAAGUUCAAAUGCUUAUUGAAUCAAGCUGUCCACCCAGAACAAGCAAACCUCUCCAGGAGAAUCCUUUGGUUCACAAGAGAGCUCUUGAAGCUUGCAAACUGAUGCCUUAAAAUGUUAAGUGCUGUUCCUUCAGGCCUGUGGUGUAGAUGAAUAGUCACACAUUGACGGUCCUCUUGCUUAGUUGCCUGCAAAAAUGGGUGUGUGUAGGAACUGAGCACAUCAAGCAUCUAUCACACCACAACACAGGAGUUGUGAACUGCAUUAAGUCCUUGUGCACCAAAGGUUCUGCCCUGUAGUGGACAGCAGGGUGGAACAGUGAUGCUCACCUGACCUCCAGUUGCCUGCAUCACUGCAACAUACCAAGUAGGAGGAUAUAAGGAGCAGUGAACUUUGUUCCAACCUGGCCCUCUCCCUCCCCAUUGUGGUAUGCAUGAGCAACCAGUAGGAAGGUCAGGUGAGCGCUGCCACCCCACCCCAACCCUUCAUCCAUUACUAGUUGGAUGCCUUGUAGAAACUCCAUUCAGUUCUCAUGAAUCUCCUUGGUGCAUACCAGUCUUCAUGCCAUUUUGGGGUGCUUUCCUUAACGUAAAUGAUCUGAAGAACCUCUGAAGUUGUUCAAAGGAAUGUAGGCUGAUCCAGAUAGCCAGUUAGUAUAUAACUUUGUUUUGAGCUUGCUCGAGGCGAAAAGAGUUUUCAACGUCAACAUCAUAAACUCACCCUUUAGUUUUGUGAAUUUAACUCAUAUUUUGGAAUCCGUUCAGUGACAUUCCUUGUCACAAUGUGGGUGCGUAGUCAAGCUCUAGAUACUUGUUCUAAUUUAUUGCUUUUUGCUUUUAUACUCAGCUUUCCAGGGUAAACCUUCAUAAGGCAGCUAACAACAUCUCAUGUGAUACAAUAUGUCAGAUUUUAAAAAGUAAUUAAAACAGCCUCCCUAGAGAAUCUAUAACAAUUUUUAAAAAGUUAAAAAGCAGUUAAAAAGUCAAGCCAGCAUGAAAACACCAUAGUUCAAUGAAAAGCCGAGCUAAGUGUAAGUUUUAAGGUCUGCAUAACAAUUGCUAAUGGAAGAGCCAUAGACAGUUCUCAGGAGAGGAAUCUGAAAGAUGUGAGGCUACAAUUGAAAAUGCCCCUUCUAACAUCAUAGCUCCUAACUGCCAACCAGAGAAAAGGGCCUCUGCAACUGAUCUCUCAGAGUUCAGGCACAUUCACAUGGGUAUAAGUCACAAUAUAAAUUGAUGACCCCGCUGCAAUUUAGACUAAAAAAUUAAGUGGCCAGCCAUGUAUUCUGCAAUAAUGUAAACCGUACAGUAAGACUGAAUUUCCUUCCCACUUUCUCAAAAAUCAGGUCUGUUUUCCGCUGUUUUCAUUGAUGAGGGGGGGGAGUUCUCUAAAGUUUUUGACAGGGGAUUGCCACUUAUCUCACUGAGUCUUUCCAAGAAUUGAGGCCAGUGAGAAGCCUCAGAGAUAGAGCUUAACACCACUCCCCACCAGCCACACUUCCCAGCAUGCCUUGGAAGCAACAUGGCACACCCUGAUGCGGUGUCACUCUCAAAGCAUUCCAAUAUGUUCAUAGAGCAGGAAGUUUAAGUUUAAAAAGCAAACUUUAUGCUCACUUCAUAAAGUUAAGGUAAGGCGCAAUCUUCUUUCAAAAUAUUCGGAUAAAUUUUUCUCAACACACAAAAUUUUUUGGCAGGGAUAUUUCUCACCCACACAGCAAAUGGUCAAAAAAAUGAAAUUUGAGUAUAGCUCUGGUAAAAUUGGCCCUUAUAUAUAUGUUCACUGAACUACAUCUAUUCAGUUUAACAAGAGCCUGGUUCAUAAAUGAAUAUUGAUGCUGAAGACAUCAAGUGAAGGGCUACAGAUGGGGGUUGUGAUUUACAACCAAUGGCAGAAGUUAAAUCACCUGAUGUCACCUCCAAUGCAGUCCUUUUCAACAGAACCAAUUUGCAGACCUUGCUGCCAGUUAACAAGUAAUAAGAAAUCUAUGAAAGUACUUGGAUGUGUACAGGUCAUGCUGCAGGUCAUGCAGGAAGCAUUAGGAAAAGGGAUCAAAAAUAGGACUUCCAAAACCAUGAUGCCAUUAUAAAAGUAUUGCGAUACUUAGAAAGCUAUGCAUAAUUCUGGCCGUCAUACCUCAAAAUGGACCAGGAACAGGUGCAGCAGCAGAGCAAAAACCCCUGGAGAAAAGGUGUUAGUCUGGAAAAAGAGCCAAUUUGGGGGAAUAUGAUAGAGAUGCAUAAAAUUAUGCAUAAUGUGGAGAAAGAGGCUUUCUUCCCAUCUCAUAAUAAUAAUACAACUUAGUGUUACCCCAUGAAGCUGAAUGUUGGAAGAUUAAAAAAAAAAAGGAAAGAGAUACUUAUUUACACAGUGCAUAGUUAAACUAUGGAAUUUGCUGUCACAGGUUGUAACCACUGCCUACCAACAUAGAUGCUUUAAAGAGCAGUUAGACAAAUUCAGAGAGGAUAAGGCUAUGCAGCGUUUGUCAUCAUGGUGCCUGUAAGUUGACAGGAUCUAGCUACCAGUCACUAGGGAACAACAGUGGGGAAAUGCUAUUGUUUGUGAGCAUGUAGUUGACCACUGUGAAAAACAGGAUGCUGGAUGCAAUGCUAGUUCAGAUGUGGUCUUGAGUCUAAUACAGCAGGACUUUUCUUAUGUUCCCUGUAAAGUAUCUGGUUCCUUUGAGACUUUAGGUUGCUUGAUCCAGUUCCCAUUAAUGUACUUAUACAAAAAUUUAUGGAAAUUAUUGUCAGCUGGGUCACUUCUAUUGUUCUUGCUUUCUUUUAAAAUUCCCAUUAGUUUUGCAGCUAUAAGAUUUAUUUUCAAAGCUUGCCAUCUCAGUAAAAUGGCACAGUUUGCUAUUCACCUCAAACAGCAGGGACAGAAGGGUUAAAUUAUUUCCUUUCCUCUUGAUCACUGUGAAGAAGGGAUUGCAAGACAAGAUUAUUUUAGCAUUUGGCUAAAUAGAUUCUUUGUGAAUUCUGCCCCAAAGCAGUGAGAAUUAAACAAAAAGGAGCACAAUGCCUGAAAAACAGCUGUAAUUUGUAAAUUACAUUGACUCUGCAGUGUGAUCAUUUUACAGGGCUUCUCUCUUGAAGUUCCCUGCAGACUAAUCUUCAUUCAGGUCCUCUUCUAUAAUGGAGAGCUUCCCCAGACCCCAAACAAUUAUUUAUCAUAGCAAACACACUGUCAAAAUCAAAAACCAAACAGUUUAAGUUAACUUUUUGUCAUAAAAGAAAAACAACCCAAUAUUGCAUAGCAGAGUAUUUUCCCAGUGAACUACGGUUAAGGAUGCAGACACACUAUUAAUUUGACUAGCAAGGUCCUCGCCCAAAGGCACAGAAGUGUCUUCAGCAAGGGAAAGUGGGCUGAGCCACUUGCAACUGUCAAGUGGGAUCCAGGAACCAUGCCAGAGGUCAGCGUUUAGAGGGGAUAUCAUGGGGGUUGGCAGAGUCAGGAAAGGAAGCCUUUAUAUCCCUUCCUGCUAAGGAGAACCAAUAACCAGUCUCGAUGGGUGAAGCCACUCUCAGCUGGACCCUUUCAUGCAAAGGGAGCUGUGUAAACCCAUUUCCCUGGUGACUCGCCACACAAGUCAGCUGCCCACAGAGACACAGAUACCCAGUUAUCAUCCUAGCAACUCUUUGCAGGUCAGGAAAUAAAACUACAAGCUGGUCCAGCAUUCUAGAUAUAAAGCUCCUAUCAAUAACUGUUGGGCUUCGCUGAAGAAUCACUGAGAGAGGGUGGAAAUCUUUAUAAAUCCAACAUGGAAAUAACCUAGCUCUUUGUGCCACAUACAGUGGUACCUCAGUUUAAAAACAGCCCUGUUUACGAACGAUUUGGUUUAUGAACUCCGCAAAACUGGAAGUAGUGUCCUGGUUUGAGAACUUUACCUCAGUCUAAGAAUGGAAUCCGAAGGGUGGAAGGGCAACGGAGGCAGGAGGCUUCAUUAGGGAAAGCGCGCCUCGGUUUAAGAACGG